AAUUUACGAGAUCACUACUCGGCCUGACGGUCGCCAUAAGGCAGACAUUAGAAAAAGGGAUAAUUAUUGAAAAACGUGUGCUUGUGAUCUUAAGUAAUUGGAAAAAAGUUGUCACUAAUUUUGAAGAAAUCUUUUUCAAUUAUAUACUACAAUAAUUGCAAACUUGUUAACUGAUCUGUUGUGAUGUCUACCAGCGUUGAUCAGAUAUCGAAGACACAGCAAAGUCAAGGUUCGAACGGCCCUAAUCGUGAAGCAACAUUUGUUAAGUCCAGUGAAAACAAAUUUGAUGCAUACACAGGAGUGCCACAGACUGCAUUUAGUAGCGCUCCAGCUCCUCCUGUAACUGCAAUGCCUAAUCAAACUGGGGAUCAUUUUGUGCCCAACUAUUACGUGGGCCCAGGUUUCUAUCCUCAAAAUACAGCUACCUUAAGUGACAACGCUACCAACUGGUCGAAUACCCCUGAUCCCAUGAAUUCUGUGUUUUACGGAAACCCUCCUGAUUAUUUACCAGCAAAUAACGGAAUGUAUAGUAAUUUUAAUUAUAAUACGGGGUUUGGAUGGGACUUUCCAAACUAUACAUACAAUAAUAGUUCUCCGGCUGCUCCAGCAACUGUAACAACCAGGCAAAAGGAUGAACGACCCUUCCAAUACUCUGAAUUUUAUGGAGGCAAUAUGAAUAUGACGGACUAUAAUCCUGUUAACGGAACUGGUAUUAUUCAAAAUGAAAAUUCAUCGGCAAACGAUAUAAAUCCUGUAGAACAGAGUCUUAAGAGCGUCUCUCUCAACGACGAUGCUGCAGAUUCGUGUGGUGCAGGGGAAAACUCUGUAACAAACUCUGUACCGCAAAAUGUAGGUGGUUCAUCAAAGAAAACUUGGGCAUCUAUAGCUUCUCAACCUGGAAAAUUCCAUCAAACGGGUAUUAAGACUAAGCCUACAAAUCGACCUCCUCCUCCACCCGUUACAACAAAAAAUAUGGACAUAGGAACGUGGGCAACAGAUAAUAAAAUGAAACCAGCAAUCCAACAGCAACAACAACAGCCACUAAAGCCCCAGCCGAAUUGGAUUGCUCCCCGAGGAAGACCAUAUAAUAACGCAACUCCUACAUCUGCACCGGCAACUGUAUCACCAUCUCAUCCUCUCUUAGAUAAACUUAAAUCGGCGAAUACGUAUAACCCUAAGGAUUUAAAUCUAAACGUAAAAGGAGCUAGAUUUUUUAUAAUAAAAAGUUAUAGUGAAGAUGAUAUACAUCGGUCGAUAAAAUAUGCUAUAUGGUGUAGCACGGAGCACGGAAAUAAACGGCUUGACUCAGCUUUCAACGAACGAGAGGGUAAAGGACCUGUUUAUUUAUUCUUCUCCGUCAACGGUUCUGGACAUUUUUGCGGCGUUGCUCAAAUGAUGAGUGCCGUCGAUUAUUCAACAACUAGUAGUGUUUGGGCACAAGAUAAAUGGCGCGGGAAAUUCGAAGUUAAAUGGAUAUAUGUUAAGGAUGUACCAAAUUCGCAAUUACGUCAUAUUCGUUUAGAAAAUAAUGAGAAUAAACCAGUAACGAAUUCUCGAGAUACCCAAGAAGUUCCACCCGAUAAGGGUCGACAGGUUUUACGUAUUAUACAUCAAUAUAGGCAGACCACUUCCAUAUUUGACGAUUUUAUUCAUUAUGAAAACCGUCAAAAGGAAGACGAUACCACGAAAACAGAUGCUAAAGAAUCACGCGAUGAUCGGGAACGUUCUGGUAGAGAGCGGAGAAUGAACAAGAGGGAAUAG